AUGCGUUGUGCUCUGAAAUCAGUAUUUCUGCUAUCAUGUUUCAAAAAUAAAACAAGAAUAGUAUCAUUACGGUGUUGUCAGUCGGUAACUGCAAAGAACAGCAAAUCAAUUACUGUCGAUAAAAUGAAUGAACUAUCGGCUUAUGAAAUUGUGAAGGAGUAUGAUGUUCCGAUACAAAGAGUAUCAUUAAGUCGCGGGCUAGCGUUGAAUCGUUUUGAAAAGGACUUCUUCAUCUACCCGGAAUACAGUGAUACAGAAACAGUCAGAAGUUUACUACAGCUAACAGCUUCUUUAAAGAAAGACAUCGAAAAAAUGGAAGCUCAAGGAAAGUUUGUCGAGGCUCUCUGGGAUGAAUACAAACUUUUUUCUUACACAGUGCCGAAGAAAUAUGGAGGUAUCGAUGCAUGUUAUAAAGACCUGCUGACUAUUUGUGAAGGACUAGGAUCCUCUUUGGCCUUGUACACUCGUUUUGAACAAACUUAUUUAGCAUCAUCUCUUAUCUUAAAAUAUGGUAGCGAAAAGCAAAAAUUGUAUUAUCUUACACGUAUUGCUUCUGGUGCCAUUCAACCGGCAGUUUGCUUUCCCAUGUUUCAAACGUAUGUUUUAAAUCAGGUUAUAUAUUCGAACUUUCAACCUACGGGAUAUACUAGUGAAAACAUUGACAAUAAGACAAAAUUGUCUGCAUCAUAUCUUGUAAAUGGAUCAAACCCUAAUUUCUUUCUGGUUUUCCCUCAGAUUGAUGAAGAUAUUACUUGCUAUCUUGUUCCUCAAAGCGAGCAACUCACCAAAGAAAAUGCGGAAAUUCGCAUUUUUGAUAAAUGUGAUAUAAGAGUGAACUGGCUAGAUUUAAAUCAUACUCUUAUGAACUCAAAUAUAAUUUUGGGAAGACCCGAAGAUGGAAAAAGAAUUGCGCUAGAAGCAUCAAUGAAAAAAAUUAUUUUUGGUGCUGCCGUUGUAGGCUUUAUGAAGACUUUGAUAAAUAACUUGUCGAAUUACUGCAAUGCAGUGUUAACUGAAAAUACGCGAUUGGCGGAAAAAGAUGCCGUUAAGGCUUCAAUGACCAAACUUGCUUUAAACACGUAUGUGCUGGAAUCAAUGUGCUAUUACGUUGCCGGAUUUUAUGAUGAGGAACUUAUAGUGCUACUCGAUGUUGAGGAAGCCAUAAUCCAUAGGUAUGCUCGACGUGUGCUCUCAGAAGCUAUAACGUUGACGGUCAAUGUUUUGGGUAUCAGUACUAUUAAAUGUGAUUUAAAAUUUGAUAGACUGUUAAGCAAUAUGAUGGCGGCUCUUUUGCUUAGCAGCACAGAAGUUGAUCUUGAGAAUUUUGCGGCAUCUAAAGUUAUCACAUCAUAUGCAAACACUAAAGCUGUGCACAUUGAUUUUUGUGUUCACGAAGGGAGUUUCAGACAGUGGCGUUCCCUCAAUAAGCGAUUUUAUGAUCGGAUUUUUGGCCAAGUUGAAAAAGCUGUUUCUUUUUGCGAUCCAAACCCACGCCACUUUGUUGCCGAGCAUGUCCAUCCCUCAUUAAAAGAAGCAUGCAUUAAUUUGGAACAUACCAUGUGUAGACUAGAUUCAUUACUCGAUUUACUUUUAUCAAAACAUGGAAAAAGCAUCAUAUUUGAUUGUAGUGUACAUAAAGCUAUUUCAAAUGUUUUGGAAUGUAAUUUGGGAAUGGUUGCUACUAUAGCUAGAUCAAGUAGAUCUUAUUCAAUUGGUCUGAAAAAUGGUGACCUCGAGGUAUCAUGGACACAUUUAUAUUGUUCUGAAGCUGCCAAUGCAUCAAUGGCCGACCUUAGGAAGCUUUAUUAUUAUUUCCGAUUUGAACGAUUAAACGCCCUACACUGUAAAAUUGGGCAGUCUGUUUUGGAUGCUGAUGGUUAUUGUAUUGAGAGCCCGAUCACUCGAAAUUGGUAA